UAAUAAAUUGAUUACAAAAUUAGUUGGAUUUAAGCGACAAAAGCGUUUAGAACUAAAAAACCGAACGUUGCUAGAAGAAAAUUUCUCAAUAAUGGAUUUGGAAGGUAAAAAUGUGGUUUACGUAGCCGAUUGUGGAGGCCUGGCUUUUGAGACCUGUAAAGUAUUAGUAUCACGUAAUAUAGCGAAACUCGCCAUUCUUCAUAGUGUCGACAAUCCUCAGGCCAUAGCCAAACUUCAGGCUUUAAAUCCUCGCACCCAAAUUUUCUUUUGGAAAUUUUCUUUUACCAUGAGCCGCUCGAAAAUGAAACGUUAUUUCGAUGAUGUUAUAACACAAAUUGAUUGUAUAGAUGUUUUGAUAAAUGGCAGCACUUUGUGCAAGGAACAAGAUGUUGAUGCCUCAAUUAAUGUGAACUUAAUCACGCCCAUUAAUAUUGUCAGUAUUGUUAUGCCUUUUAUGGAUAAGAGUAAAGAUGGUGGCCGGGGUGGUAUGAUUGUGAAUAUUAAUUCGGUGACUGGGUUGGAUCCCUCGCCCGUAUUUUGUGUUUAUAGUGCGGCCAAGUUUGGCUUGCUAGGUUUUACCAGGAGUCUAGCGCACCCAAUUUAUUACGAUAAAACUGGUGUUGCGGUAUUGGGCAUUUGUUGUGGUCCCACAAAAACUUUUGUACGUCAUACAAUGAAGGCAUUUCUUGAAUAUGGACAAGAGUAUGUGGAUAAAUUAAAAGGGGCACCAUGUCAGGAAACCGCAGUGUGUGCACGCAAUAUAGUACGAGCCAUAGAAAUGGGUUCAAAUGGACAAAUAUGGAUAGCUGACAAUGAACGUUUGGACAUUGUGAAACCACAACUCUAUUGGAAAAUGUCAAAUGAAUUGUUGGAGUAUAUGGAACGUUGAAGGAAAACAAAAGAAAACAUCUUAUAGUUUUGUGCAAAAAUAAAAAAUCUUUAUUAUGAGUUUCUUUUCAGCAAAAGGGUCAAUAAACUUUUUGCUUAAGAACA